CCUCUCUGAUUUUAACCCCUGUGUUUUUAUCAACUACCGAGGGAGCGCCGAUACUCACGUACAUAACGCGAGGAGGAGUCAUUAUGGGGUAUAUACGUCACACUGAAAGAUGACCGGGCCGAUACAGAGGGGAGAUUGAACUCGACGAUAAUCCAAAGGGAGGCGAUAUGUCAAAUACAGACAAAAUGGGUGCCGCUGCGUGUUGAACACGGCAGACUAACUUAAUGAGGAUUAUAUACGAACAGAAUCUGGUUGGAGCAGCUUCACACAUUAUACCAACAACUGAUUGAGGCAAACAAGUAGUUUUUUUUGUUUCCCUGAAGAACGAAUGUUCGCUAUGAAUGACAUUGGACCGGAAGUCAGCUGUUCACCGGAAGAUGCGACGGUCAGUUGUGUGGCCAAGGAUUACCUGUGUAUUGUAGACAGGGUUAACUGUAGUUUACAGAAAAUCAAGUCGGAACUGGUUGCACUUCGAAAGCAGGAUGUGAAGCUGCUGAAACAAUUGAUUCAGAUUAGUGAGGUCAUACAAACGUUUUACCAAAGGGUGGAUAAGAACACCAAGUCUGACGUCAGCCCCGAUAGUGGGGUGGAUGUGUCUGUAACCGACUUACCGCAAAUACGUAAAACGCCAUUGGUCAGACAACAGAGUGUGCCAUACUACUGUAGGAUCAACCAAACCGGAAGUCUGCUUAGUAGCGCCACCUCUAGUUUCGAUGAUAUUUCCGAGGAAUCUGCAGACGACAACGACAGUUUAUUCUCCCUGAGUCUUAGUGGCCAUUUCCCGCCAGCCUUCUCGAUCACGUUAAAUCGCGCGAGAUCUCUGUCCUACGAGUCGCCAACAGCCGACGCCGAAACCGAUUCCUACUUCGACGAGGUGUUACGAAAAAACGUUGAGCUAUGGAAACAAUCGGAAACAGUGACUUAGUGAUCUAUUAUUGAAAUGUGUACUGCAAAUUGUCUGUGUAUGUUUUGUUAUGUCUGAUAAACAAACUACAACGAGUUGUAUCGAUUAGAACUGUUUUAUGCACACAGUCAUCACAAAAAAGGAAAAAAAACCGAAAUGCAAAUC